AUGUCUCGAGUGAUGGAACCGGCUCAUACAUUUCUGCCUUCUGAGUGGAAACAUGCAAACCGGGUGCAUUUUAGGAGUGCUGAAACUGAGAGGGCGCGCUCAGAGCGACUCGCCGCAGAAUGCAAGCGACUGAUAGAGGAGAGUGAGAAGUCUGCGAAGCGCAUGCAGCAGGAUGCCAACCAGAGGCUGGAGCAUAGAAUUAAAGACAUUAAGUUCUGGAGGCAAGAGCUGGACCAGAAACUGCAGGAGGUGGUGCAGGAGAUUGAGGUGCUCAUCACCUUUAAAAAUAGAGUUGAGAGAGCACUGGAGAGCUGCUCAGAGCCUCUUAAAGCCACUCUAGACUGUCUGAAUGAGAGACAGAAGCGGGUGGCGAUAGACCUGGUGAGUGAUGAGGUGGAGAGGGAGCUGCUGAAGGAGAAGGACGUGAUAGAGGGAGUGAUAACCCUCCUCCAGCGCACUCUGGAGCAGAUAAUUGAGCAGAUUAGGAUGUCCCUGAAAAAGAUGUUAUCUUGGUGGCAACAAAUGCUCCAAAAUGCGAGUGAAUCUAGAGGGAUCUACGGGUAUUGGGGUAAUAAAGGAGGAGUGACCAUCCGCCUGUCCUUCUAUGGCCAUAUGCUCUGCUUCCUGAACUGUCAUCUUGCUGCUCACAUGAAAUAUGCGUCAGAAAGAGUGGAUGAAUUUGAGUACAUCUUGGAUUCCCAAACCUUCCAGGGGAAAAAAGCUUCAUCCAUUUUAGAUCACAAGGUGGUCUUCUGGUUUGGAGAUUUGAAUUUCCGUAUUGAGGAUCAUGGGAUGCAUUUCAUUCGAAACUGCAUCACAAGCAAGAAUUUCAACUUGAUGUGGUCCAAAGACCAGCUAACUGUGAUGAAGAAGAAUGUGCCUAAACUGCAGCAGUUUGAAGAAGGACCUCUUGAUUUUCAACCCACCUAUAAAUUUGACUUGAACUCUGAUAACUAUGAUUCAAGGGUACAGAAGGCAUGGUUUGGUCUUACUGGGAAAAAGCGGAAGCCUGCGUGGUGUGAUCGCAUUCUGUGGCGGGUCAAGCCCAGGCCACCUCCACCUGAGGACAUUUUCGAAGAGGGUGAUGAUGAUGCAGCCAAAGAAAAGAAGAAGAACCUGUUAGAGGAUCUGAUGGAGAAAUACCCUCUGAAAGUGGUGCAGGACAGUUACACCAGCAGCAUGGAGUAUGGUGUCAGCGACCAUAAGCCUGUCAUUGGCAUGUUCAGACUGGAGCUGAGGAAGAUGUACGACAUUCCACUGGUGCGUCUACAUGCUGAAGGCGACUGGAGUGCAGAUUUGGACGCCAUGGUGACUUAUAGCCCACUGCAGCCCUUCCCCUCUAGUGCCUGGGACUGGAUUGGCCUUUAUAAGGUUGGAUUUAGAAGCAUUAGUGACUACAUCACCUACACCUGGGUAAAGGAUGACCAAGUGGCCUUCAACGAUGAGGUCGUACAGGUUUAUGUAAGCAAGGAGGAGAUUCCAGUAGUAGGGGGUGAUUGUGUACUCUGCUACUAUAGCAGUAACUUGCAGUGCAUUGUGGGCAUUAGUGAACCCUUUAAAGUUCAUGAGUCCAGAGCAGCCAUUGAAGAAGGAUUAUUGCCUGAGAAUAUUAAUGGACUGGACCAGGCAAUAGCCAGUUAAGACCAUGUGGUUUGCCUUUUUACCAACAUGCACUUUCAGAGUGCUCAGUGUUGGACGCUCUUUAACUACUUCUUGCUUCAGAAAUGGCAUCGAUAUCUGGAGGCAUUCAUGCAAGUGCAAUUUUAUCAGAGUGUUUUACUGAUUCUGUGAUUUUUUUUUUUUUUUUUUUUUUUUUUUUUUUGCGUCAUUUCUGCUACUGUAACUUUUAACAGUUAUAUUUGGUCCACCAUGGCCUGUACUUGUUGUAAUUGUAAAUUUCAGUUUUAAAACUCUAAGCAGAGUAAAAACUGCCAAAGAAAUAUAAUCCUGUUCCUAAAGAGCUUUUCUAUAAUAGCUUCUGCUUUGCGUCAAAAAUUUGUUGAAUUUCACAGUUAGGCUUAUUGUAAUAUUGGAAAACUUUUAUAUUUCUGUGCUUUUUUUUUUUUUUUUUUUUUUUACAGGUUUUACAUCUUUUUCUCCCUCAGUUCAGCUCCAUUAUGUUAAUGUACUGUAGUAAUUUUCAUCAGUGUUAUUGUCACUUUGUCACUCCAUUUCAUUUAUAUCAGAACUGUUACAAAGAAGUACAAGUGUUGUGCACAAAAGAUUAUUAGAAAAAGGUCAGAAUUUGCACUCAUGCCUUUUGUAGUUGUGUAGUUUGUGUGAAAUAAUUGACAAUUUGUGUAAGUGAUAUCACAUGUACGUGUUAUCGGGUGAGAAAUGAAGCAUUGAUUUAUUUUAUUUUGAGCUAUUUUUCUUAGACUGUAUGAGGUGUGGUCUAAAUCUUGUCUCAAGCCAGAUAUACUACUGGUAAUAACAGAUAUAAUGUUUUAUUUAUGUAUACUGAGUUAUGUUAUUUAAAUAUAGGGCACACAGAUUUAUUGACAAUUUACUGUAUUUAUACUUGUGUUGUACAAAAGAUGUAAAUCAUUAGUCUGUUUAAACCAGUAACGUUUUCUAAAUAAGUUCUUAUGCAUAGCAGCAUUGUGAAAUUUAAUUUAAAUAAAAUUAUUUUGGUAUAACCUA